AAACAAUGAGGACCAGGAAGCCUCUCUGCCCCAUAGAAAAGGUGUGGGUAGACAAGCACAAAUACGAUGAAGCGGAGAGACUGCAUUAUGAAAGAGAAGCCAUGUUGGCCACCGUGGUUCCAGAGGAGUGCUUGGAGCUGGAGGCUGUCAAUGGGGUCUGCAAUGAUGAUUCCAUUGAAGGUGAACUCAAGGGAGACCUGAAGAAAGGCAAAAAUGGCAAGAAACAAAGGAAGAGGAAACGUUCCCCCAAACCCAAAAACAUGGUCUCCCAGGUAGACUCUGUUUUGAGUGGUUUAUUAGCUGACAGUGUGUGGUUUGACAAACCUUUGUAUGAUCAUGCUGAGAGCUUGUAUAGGCAAAGAUUAGUGGAUUGUCAAUACCAGGAGGCAGCAGAGACUGAGCUGCCUGAAUCAGAAGCUGUCCAAGAUGCUCCCGAGCCAUGGAUGCUUCCAGCAGCCCUGUCCUGCUCCCAUGGCAACCUGAGCGCGUGCCACCAUGUCGUUCAGGGCGUCUGGGUCAACAAGUUUGACUUUGACAAGGCUGAGAAGGCGUUCCUUGAAAGGUCUCAGUUCUUUGUUCCUCCAAACAUCCUCGCCAUCCCCUCUGUGUGCUCAGAUGGUGGGAAGGUCGGGCUGGGGACGCCGGAUGAAGGCUAUGUGACAGCGCUGCCUACGCCUGCUACGCCCAGCUUAGCUCCUGAUCCCACAGUCAACGGUAAACCUCAGGCUUCCAGCUUGCAAGCUCUCGUGUCAGAGGUGUGGUUGGAGAAACCUCUCUACGACGGCGCUGAGAAAAGCUUCUAUGAGAACAUGUUUGAUCAUCACCCUCCAGGCUCCCCCCGAGCCGCAGAGAACCAGCAGGAGGUUGGGAAGCAAGCAGGUGCUGAACACGUGGAGCUCAUCAGCAGCUCUCAGCAGCCUCCACCCACCUCCUUUUUCCUGCAUGAGGACAGUGAGCGUGUGUGGCUCCAGAAGAUGACGUACGACAGCGCCGAGUCGCGCUACUAUGCAGCUGAAGCUCUGAAAAUGUCAGGAGCAAAAGAGAGCACGGGGAUGCCACAACCCACAUCAGGAUUGAGCUGGAGGAGUUUGCGUGGGAAUAAAAAAAUGGCAGUUGACUUCCUUUUGGAUGAGAAGAUCUGGUUUGAGAAGUUUAAGUAUGAUGAUGCUGAGAGAAGGUACUACGAGCAGCAGGUGAACGGGCCGGCCGGCAGCUCUUCACACCAGCAGGAGAACGGAGCCAGCACGAUCCUCCGCGACAUUGCCAGAGCCAGGGAGAAUAUCCAGAAAUCGCUGGCCGGACAGAAGACAGGUCCACGUAGUAAAGAAGCUCCUGCCCGUCAAAAGAGGCAGUCAGGCCGCUCAACUAGUGCAAGCACGAGUUCUGGUGACCAAAAUGAGCUUCUUUCCAGAAUCUCUCACCUGGAGGUAGAAAAUCAAAACCUUCACAAUGUUGUUGCAGAUCUCCAGAAGGCCAUUUUCAAGCUGGAAAGUCGCCUGAAUGCUCUGGAAAAAUCUACCUCCCAUCAACCCUCACCUGUUCCACCAACCCAGAAAGUGGAACCAUUCGGUGUUCCCUCCAAGAAAGUAGAGUUGCCAUCUGCUUCACCUGCAAAGAAAGCUGAGCCAGCUGCUGCAGAGGAAGAUGAUGAUGAUGAUGACAUCAACCUUUUUGGCAGCGAUGACGAAGAGGAAGAUCAAGAGGCUGCCAAAGUGCGGGAGGAGAGACUGCGUCAGUAUGCAGAAAAGAAGGCCAAGAAACCAGGUCUGAUUGCCAAAUCUUCCAUCCUUCUGGACGUGAAGCCGUGGGAUGAUGAGACUGACAUGGCGAAGAUGGAGGAGUGUGUGCGGUCUGUCCAAAUGGAUGGGCUCGUGUGGGGAGCAUCUAAGCUGGUCCCAGUAGGUUAUGGCAUUAAGAAACUCCAAAUCCAGUGUGUAGUAGAGGAUGAUAAAGUCGGGACAGACAUCCUGGAGGAGGAGAUCACCAAGUUUGAGGACUAUGUGCAAAGUGUUGACAUUGCUGCUUUCAACAAGAUCUAGAAGCAAACCUAUCCUCUGUGAUACUGUAACUAAUAAAAAGAUCAAGGAGUGCA